GCAGAAAGCCUGACUCAGGCAGGCAGCUGCUGCUAUUAAAGCAGCUCUAGCCAGGCACCCUUCCCUGCCGGGGUGAGCGCCACCGCAGAGAUGAAGCUGGCGAACUGGUGCUGGCUGAGCUCAGCUGUCCUUGCUGCUUAUGGGUUUCUGGUUGUGGCAAACAAUGAAACAGAGGAAAUUAAAGAUGAAGCAGCCAGGGACGCCUGCCCGGUGAGACUAGAAAGCAGAGGGAAAUGCGAGGAGGGAGGCGAAUGCCCCUACCAGGUGAACCUGCCCCCGCUGACUAUUCAGCUCCCGAAGCAGUUCAGCAGGAUCGAGGAGGUGUUCAAAGACGUCCAGAAUCUCAAGGAAAUUGUAAAUAGCCUGAAGAAGACCUGCCAGGACUGCAAACUGCAGGCUGAUGACAACCGAGACCCGUCGAGCAAGGUUUCAUUAGCACCAUUGAUUGAAUUACCAAAUGUAUAUAUAAAGAAUUCUUUAGAUGCAUGGUUUUUAUUAACAAAAUCCAAUGCCUUUCUUUUUUUCACUCCUUCAGUUCAACAUCUUAUCUAUAAAGAUUGCUCUGAAUACUACACAAUAGGCAAAAGAAGCAGUGAGAUCUACAGAGUUACACCGGAUCCCAAAAACAGUAGUUUCGAAGUUUACUGCGACAUGGAGACAAUGGGGGGAGGCUGGACAGUGCUGCAGGCGCGUCUUGAUGGGAGCACCAACUUCACUAGAACAUGGAAAGACUACAAAGUAGGCUUUGGAAACCUCAGAAGAGAAUUUUGGCUGGGGAAUGAUAAAAUUCACCUUCUGACCAAGAGCAGGGACAUGAUUCUAAGAAUAGAUCUUGAAGAUUUUAACGGCAUCAAACUCUAUGCCUUGUACGAUCACUUCUAUGUGGCCAACGAGUUUCUCAAAUACCGUCUACACAUUGGUAACUAUAACGGCACAGCUGGAGAUGCCUUACGUUUCAGUAAACAUUACAACCAUGAUCUGAAGUUUUUCACCACCCCAGAUAAAGACAAUGAUCGAUAUCCCUCUGGAAACUGUGGGCGCUACUACAGUUCAGGCUGGUGGUUUGAUGCAUGUCUUUCUGCAAACUUAAAUGGCAAAUAUUAUCACCAAAAAUACAGAGGUGUCCGUAACGGGAUUUUCUGGGGCACCUGGCCUGGUAAUAGUGAGGCACAACCUGGUGGCUACAAGUCCUCCUUCAAAGAGGCCAAAAUGAUGAUCAGACCCAAGCAUUUUAAGCCAUAAAUCACUAAUGCUCAUUCCUGUCGGUAUUCAUUACCUAAUAGGGCAAUUAUUCCUUCAGCACUUUGGUACAUGUUUCAUACUUCUUUUCCAUGGCAUGAAAUUUAUCUCUGAGCAACAGGUUCUUAUGCGACACAGCAUUUGAAAUAAAGCUGAAAAAUAUGCCUUAUAAA